GUUUUAGCCUCCUCUCUGAUCCACACUCAGCUCAGCUUCCGCAAGCCAGCGUCUCAGGAAACCUGUGCAGCUACCAUGGACAACGUGGCGAUAUUUGACUCACCUGGAAAGGGGCGGGGCCUGAAGACGACCAAGGAGUUUUGGGCCGGAGAUGUAAUUUUUUCGGAACCCAGCGUUGCAGCUGUUGUGUUUGACAGUUUAUCCGAGCGUAUUUGCCACAGCUGCUUCCGCAGACAAGACAAGCUCCAAAGGUGUGGCCAGUGCAAAUUUGCUCACUAUUGUGACCGAACCUGCCAAAGAGCUGGCUGGGCUGAGCACAAGCAAGAAUGCGGUGCCACCAAGGCGUUUGGCAAGGCACCAAAUGAAAACAUCCGUUUGGUGGCCCGCAUCCUGUGGCGACUCGACAAGGAAGGCAGUGUGGUGUCUAACAUGCAGCUGACGACACUGGAGGAGCUGGAGGAUCAUGUUGCUGACAUGGAAGAGGAGGAGUUGAAGGAGUUCAAAGUGGACAUCCACAACUUCCUUGACUACUGGCCCCGAAGCAGCAAACAACACACAGUUGACGAAAUCUCACAUUUAUUUGGAGUGGUCAAUUGCAAUGGAUUUACAGUGAGUGACCAGAGAGGCCUUCAGGCAGUAGGAGUCGGCCUUUUCCCAAAUUUGUGUCUUGUGAAUCACGACUGCUGGCCAAACUGCACUGUAAUCCUCAAUCAUGGCAAUCGAUCAGCUGUGAAUACUAUAUUUCAUUCUCAACAGAGGAUUGAGCUGCGUUCUUUGGGUAAGAUCGCAGAGGGCGAGGAGUUGACAGUCUCAUAUGUGGACUACUUGAAUUUGUCCGAGGAGCGAAAACGACUGCUGAAAACACAGUAUUUCUUCGACUGCACAUGUGAGCACUGCAAGAACCACAUCAAAGACGACUUGAAGAUGGGGGGAAGGGAAGUGGAAGGAGUCAAGCCUUCAGAGGAGCAAGUAAAAGAGGCAACAGACUACUGCUAUGAAAUGCUGGAGAAGAUAGAAAAGGCUCGGUUAAAUGGUGACUAUCAUGAGGUAGUAAAGAUCUGCAAGGAUUGCAUAGAUAAGACGGAGCCAGUUCUGGCUGACACUCACAUCUACCUGUUGAGGGUGUGGAGCACGUACAGUGAGGUGCAAGCUUACCUGCAGUACUUUGAAGAGGCCGCAGAUUAUGCCCGUAAAAUGGUGGAAGGAUACAUAAAGCUGUACCACCCAAACAAUGCCGCUCUCGGUAUGGCUGCCAUGCGUGCAGGAGUGAACCACUGGCAAGCUGGGCUGAUAGAAAUCGGACACGGGAUGGUCUGCAAGGCCUAUGCCAUUCUCAUGGUCACCCAUGGCCCUACACAUCCCAUCACCAAGGACCUGGAGUCGAUGCGAAUCCAGACAGAGAUGGAGCUGAGGAUGUUCAAGGAGAACGAAUAUGUUUACCACAGUAUGAGAGAGGCAGCGCUGAAGAACAAACCCAUGACCAUGUUGCAUGAGCCCAAGUCAGUGGAAGAGGGAAUCAAGAAUCUCUUCCACCGGAGGAAGUAAUCAACGGAUGUCAGUCAAUAAAUCCAUCUCAUUUACUGUUUUGAAUGAUGGUGAGAGAGUCUUUACAAUUAGUCACAUGAUUUUUCACUGUCCUCUUUUUUUAGUUACACUUUACAUUUUAAAAAAAGCCGGUUUUGCAGACUCCAAACACAGCAGAACUACAGAAAUUCAUGAUAAUGUUGUAGAAUAAAAAACAUUAUCCACAA